GCUGCUAAACAGAGGUGUGUGGGGUCCUGCAAAAUGGAGAUUAUAAAAAAAUACCCGCACAACCCGCACCUAAUGGAAUACUUUGAGGACGGUGUCUUUGAGAUGGAAAAUAUAAAGAACGGCAGAGGGCAGAACGGAGUGGUGACUGAGACCAUCACAACUAAAGUAACGUCACUGCCACCAACUGGACGUGGGAAUUGGAGCAGCUCAUCCCGGACUCGCUUCCCGAGCUCCACCUUCUCCACGUCGCCCGAUGCCACACUGGAACGCCGCACUCUAGUCACCAGGAACCGCGGAUAUGAAGGCAGCUCUAGUGGAAACUCCUCACCAGAAUUCUCCAGGAAACAAUACAAUCCCACAACAUCAAGGGGACGGAGUCAGAGCCGAGAGAGUGAGAUCCGAGCCCGGCUGCAGAGUGCCUCCCCGUCCACCCGAUGGACGGAGCUGGAUGAUGUGAAGCGGCUUCUGAAGGGAAGUCGAUCAGCCAGUAUUAGCCCCCCCCGCACAGCCUCCGGCACCCUGCCCUACCCCAAAAAGGCCAUGGUGGAGACCAAGAUAGUGAGUGCCAGCACCCAGCAGGUGUCGAACGGCUAUGACAGUUUGCGGCUGGAUGCCACCUCACCAUCGUACAUGUGGACGUCCACUCUGCCUGCUGCGGGCUCCGCUCUGAGUGUCACUGAAUAUCACAACAACCUGUCACACAAUGGCUCUCUCCUCAGCAAUGGCGCUCAUUCCUCUCUCUCAGUGCAGGGACUUCAGAAGAACCUAACCUCCAGCCCUGGGACAGGGAGUGUGGGAGUGAUGGCAACCUCAGGGGCAGUUCACGGCAUCCAGAAUAACCUGACCCCCAGCUCAGUGCUGGUCACCAGCCCAGGUCUGAGCCUCACCAACCCAGCACUGGGUGUGCAGAAGAACUUGGUGUCCCACUCGAUGGUGACCUCCUCCAGCCUGGCCAGCACUGGCACCAGCACCGGCAUGGGCACCGCCAUGGGCACCGGCACUGGUACAUCAGUGGGGAAUGUGGGCAGUGAUGACAUCUUAAAGAAAGACUACAAGUUCCUGCUGCUGGAGAAGGAGACUUCCCCGAAGAAAGACGCUGAGCUGCUGAUCAUGAGCAAAGACAGCGGCAAACUCUUCACCACCUCUUCCAAUGGCUUCCCUGCGAUGCUGGAAGACAACACGUUGAAGAAGGAGAAGCUGGUGACCAGCGGCACAGACCACUUCACCAACACCAGUGCCAGCGGAGGCUUAAAGAUGGCGACCAAAGACAAGGCCACAUAUGCAGUGAUCCGCUCGAGUGAGGAGAGCUUGGAUACCCUGCCCUCCUGGUGUUCCUGCUGUCGCUGCUGUACCUGGUGGAAGUGGCUCCUGGGACUGCUGUUAGCCUGGCUGCUGCUGCUCGGCCUGCUGUUUGGCCUCAUCGCCCUGGCUGAUGAAGUGAAGAACCUGAAGGGUCGGGUGAAGGAGCUGGAGUCGAGAGGUCACACAAGCCGCCUCACAGGCUCCAGCGAGGACUAUUCCUUCGCCUCCAGAGACCGGGUUGGUGACCUGGGCCUGGGCCUGGCCACGGGGGGUGGCUCAGGGCCCAACAUCGAGCAGUACAUUCAGAGAAUGGUGGAAAAGGAGCUGAAGUCAGACACAGUACAAGCAUCACUGAGGGGAGGACCUGGAGCCAAAGGUGAUCAAGGAUUUCCUGGAACUCCAGGUCAGGCUGGGCCCCCAGGACCUGAGGGGCCUAAAGGACAGAAAGGCAGUGCUGGGGAACAUGGAGCAGAUGGACAGAGAGGCCUGCGGGGUGAGACUGGACCAGCAGGAAAGGGAGAAAAGGGAGACCGAGGUUCCCCAGGUGAGCCAGGGUCUCACGGGCUGCCCGGUCUAAUGGGUCCAAAAGGAAUUCCUGGGAUUCCAGGUUCAAAUGGUAAUUCUGGUUCUCCAGGCGCUAAAGGUGACACAGGAGUGCCUGGUUCAAUAGGACGGAAAGGUGAGCAGGGAGAGACAGGAUCCCGUGGGUUACAAGGGGAAGUUGGGCCACGUGGUUUACAAGGAAUGGCAGGAGAACCUGGACACAAAGGAUCAGCAGGGCCCCGAGGCGCAGAUGGGGACCAGGGUCCCAGAGGUGAACCCGGUGUUGCUGGCUUACCUGGAGCCCGAGGCCCACAGGGACCCCUGGGGGACCCUGGAGCCACAGGACCUCAAGGCCUCCCAGGACAGCCAGGCACAGCGGGAGAGAACGGCAACCCAGGACCAAGAGGUGAAGCAGGCAAGUCUAUCGUAGCUGGAGCCUCCGUCUCAACUGCAUACGUCCAGGGCCCCCCCGGGCCCCCCGGCCCCCCAGGAAGAUCAGGUGACAGUGUGGUUGGACCACAAGGUCUCCCCGGCCCAAUGGGUCCCAAAGGUUCAUCUGUGGAGGGUCCCCGUGGACCACCAGGAGUUCCCGGCCCCGUCGGAGCCCCUGGUGAAGGCAGACCCGGCCCCCCAGGCCCCCCCGGGCUGUUGGAAGACAGUGUGUCGUCCAGAAACUCCGGACCUCUGUUUGCAGGACCCCCCGGACCCCCCGGACCCCCCGGCCCACAAGGUCGGCAAGGCUACACAGGUGAACCAGGACAGCCCGGGUUACCUGGUGUGUCAGGCCAAGCAGCUGGAGGCACGUAUGUCCGUGGCCCCCCAGGACGCCCAGGACCACAAGGACCCAAAGGUGAUCGCGGUGAUGUGGGUAUUCCCGGAGCUCCUGGUAUUCCCGGACAUUCCACACGAGGUGAGAAUGGGAACACGUCAAACCCCAGUUUCUGCCCCCCCGGCCCCCCCGGCCCCCCCGGGGUGUCAGUGUCCGGCUCCGGCUCAGUGACUGACAUCAAGCGUGUGGUGAUGGGCUACCUACAGAGUGCCCGUGUCGGCCACGGUGCUCAGGGCCCCCCGGGACCUCCUGGGCCCCCAGGUUCCCUGUCCAGCUCCGAUCUCUCACUGUAUCUACAGAGUGAAGACGUUAGACGAUAUCUGCGAGGUGCUGUGGGCCCCCCCGGCCCCCCGGGGCCCAGCGGAGUGGGUGUGGUACGUGCUGAGCUCGAGGCGUACGUCACAGACUAUGUCCGAAGUGUGGGUACUGGUGGGGGCCGCCCUGGACCUCCUGGGCCCCCUGGUCCCCCCGGUUUUCCAGGAUCGGCAUCUUUGGAAGGGGAUCUGAGAGCAUUGCUGCAGGACGCCAGUGUUCGCAGGUACCUGACCGGCCCCCCUGGGCCCCCCGGUCCCCAGACAUCAGCCAGCAGCGUGGACUACAGUGAGCUCGCAGCCCACGUCCAAGACUACAUGAGAUCCUCAGGGAUGCUUCAGGGUGUGCGGGGCCCCCCCGGCCCCCCAGGGCCAUCCGGCUCCAUCUCAGACAAUCAGCUCAUCUCACGUCUGCAGAGUAAGUGCUCGUCAGUAACUAAUGCUCCCUCCGUAACCAGCCCCGGUGACUGGUCAGUAACUAAUGCUCCCUCAGUAACCAGCCCCGGUGACUGGUCAGUAACUAAUGCUCCCUCAGUAACCAGCCCCGGUGACUGGUCAGUAACUAAUGCUCCCUCAGUAACCAGCCCCGGUGACUGGUCAGUAACUAAUGCUCCCUCAGUAACCAGCCCCGGUGACUGGUCAGUAACUAAUGCUCCCUCAGUAACCAGCCCCGGUGACUGGUCAGUAACUAAUGCUCCCUCUAGGUAA